CCUUGGACCGCCCACGACACUCGACGCGACCCCGACGACGACGACUGGAACGACGACGAGCCCACGACCACCUCUUACGCGUUGAUUAUCCUAUCCUGCACGCGCAUCUCGUCCUCGUGUCUGCCUUCGCAUCACUGCGAACCACGAGGCCAUGACUGACUUCUCGUCCGCCCCCUCUUCCUCCAGAGAUCGCUAUCGGACCGGCCAUGGCUCUCGGCCUCGUACACCUACCGCCCGGGCCAGCACGAGUCAUGCCUAUCGUCACCGCAAGACCUCGUCGGACGCCGGCACUGUAGCCCGGUUUCUCGAACUCGACCACCGCGAAUCCCCGCCUUCUUCGCCCGCCUCCCGCGCAUGGUCCUCCAGGAUUCCCACUCGUGUCGCCCAAGGCCACAAUCAUCCCGGGUUCACUGCACAAUCGCCCCCCUCGACACCCAAAGUCCGAGGUAAUUCAGGCGCGACCUUGCCCCGCAACGAGGUCUUCCCGGCGUGCCGGAUGCCUGCCUCGGGGCGUCCGACGCCUGGCAUCCAGGCCCCCCAGCGCGAACACGCCCCUGCCGGCUGCACGACCAACCUGCCGCCACUGAUGCUUGCUCAAGUACCUGCGUCAUCAAACGAGCCUCCUUCCCUUUCCUCCUCCCUGACCUCGCCCGCCCCCUCCCUCGCCGCCCCGCCCACGCCUCAAAGCCACCGUUCCUCUCGGCACAUCCACCGGCGACGCGCAUUCAUCACUCCCUCCGCCUCCGUCUCUUCGUUCCGAAGCGACGCCCGCUCUUGCGAAGACAACAAGGCGCGUUGUGAGCAGUACACCUCGUCACCGUCACCUCUUUCGCACGCGUCGCGCGAGACGCGGAGGAGCUCCCAUCGGACAUCACCUGUAGCUUCCCCCCCCCUCUUGGCUAUCAAGCGUGGUCUUGUCCCGCAGCGUGCACGCCCUACCCUCGCCAUGUCGAUGCAAAUACACGCCCCUACCCCGGUGCUAUCUACCAGCACCACCUCUCCACCCCUGCCUCCCACCUCGCAUUCUCUCUCUAGGUCAAGAGCAGGAUCGGCUUCUCGUCCAUCCUCACCUCUCGCUUCCACCGUUCCUCCACCGCAACGUCCACCAAUGCCUCGCCCACCCAGUCGCUCAGAACGUCUGCUCCGUGACACCCUUCGCCGCGCCGAAGAGCAGGAGAGGGUGAUGAACCCGACCCCGUCGUUGUUCAAGCUCGGUCCUCCCACCCCCGGCUCUCCUAUUCCGCCCGCCGUGGCGCAGAUGUUCGGCCCAUGCCGUCUCCCUGCCGCUACGCAUGGCGGACGACGUCAUCGUCGCAACACCUCGUCCUCAGUCCAGUCGGACUCGUCGUGCGACUACUUCGACGACAUCGUCGACGAAGAGAGCCCGGAGGACGAGGAGCCCGGCGAGUGGUUGUGGCGAGCUAGCGCGAGUCCAAGCCAUGGGUACGGCCAUGCUCACUAUUCCGCUCGUACCGCGCCUGGUGGCAAGGCGGAGGCUAUCCCCUAUGGCACCCCCGCCUCGCCGUCGCCGGCGCGCGCACAGCUCCAGCGUGCAGCGCAGUCGUCACCUUCCGUGCCUAGGAGGCACUCACAUUCCCAGUCUGUCUCCCAUGUCCCCGCCCAUCCUCCCUCAAGGGGUUCUCUCGACGCCGACUGCUCUACACACACGGUCACCCCUCACGAGGCCGUCCUCCGCAGCAAGCUCGAGGGCGUGCUCAAGAACGCCCGGGCGCAGGACAGGCGGACGCGGAGCGUCGAGCGCCGAGAUCCCGACAGCGGGUUCAGCAGCGGCAACUCGAUGGCCAGCAGCAGGAACAGGAGUGGCGAAGGCGACUUCUUCUUUGGGGCGAACGGCGACUCGAGUUUGACGUCAUUGUCGUCGAACGAGCCCGCGAAACAUAGGGCAGCCCCUAGUGUCUCGUCGUCUCCGCGCGUCCCUGCUAGGCAUAUCCGCGCGCCGCCGCCUGGCUCUCCGAGGUCGGCUCACAAGCCGCUAUCUUCACAGAAGGGCAGCUCAUCUGGUGGCUUGAGUCCACUCACGCCUCCUCCUUCGCCGCCCUUCAACGCGCUCCAGGCCGCUGCGCAGUGCAAGGCGAUGGACGGCUACAUCUCCUUCGCCAACAUAGAGGGCCUCGGCAUCCCCGAGGGCAGCGACGACGAGACGGACGAAGACGCCAAGUCCCGGAGUCGCUGGUUCCAGUGGCUGCACAUCUCCGGGAAGGCCACGAACGAUCGCGCGCGGGACCGCAGCGAUUCGAGCAGCGCGUCGAGAUGAUGCGGUUGUACAGUCCCCCCUGUGAGUCCUCGGGACUGUCGCCGUAUCGGACGACGUGCUGCUGGGCUGCGCGGAUCGCGCCGCUGUCGAGGGUUCCGCUGGCCACGACUCACAGUCUUCUCCGUGUUCUCCGCAUGCCUCUUGCCCCACAAACUAUAGACAUGCUGUUGUGUUUAUACAUCUAUGCUUCACCACUGUAUCACCUGCUCUUCUGUCCUCCUCAUCCCUGCAUCCCGUAUCAUCCAUCCACCGCAUCAUCUCAUCGUCAGCACCCUACAUCCCUAUCGGUAAUCGCAUCUCACUAUUCCGGCAGUACAUCCGUCGUCGACGAUGGCCGAUACCUCCAGACCGCCCCUCCAAGACAAUGCCCGUUUACUCCCGCCCGACAUCCCGCACGCGCGCUGCGGACGACUUCAGCGCACGACCCUUUAUGCCUUGCACCUUCACGAUCAUCAUUCCUCGUCACGACGCCCUCGCGACCGCUCACGUUCCUGCUCCUGCUCCGAGCAGCGUGUCCGCCUGGUCCCGGGGGACGAAAAGGAGAAGUGGACUCUCCGUUCAGUUCUGCUCAUCUAUUCUCGCUCAUGACUCUACACAUUGACGAUUUCUCUUGUAAUGUUCGCGACGAUAGCUGGAUGGGAGGCGAUUGCGCUCCGUUCCGAUUGCCCACGAUCUAUCAUCGUUCUUUACGUUUACUCUUCUUUUUUCUCAUCUCAGCUCCGGCUCGCGCGCGGGUGUACUUGUAUCGUUGGGAUAGGGCGCGCGUACGGUACGUGCUUGGGCGCGGCUAGCCAGUAGUCGUGUACUCGGUCUGUCUGUUGGUUCUCCCCUUCGGACUCGGACUGGCUGUAUAGUCUGUUCCUGGAAAUAGCAUAUACUUACACAGCAAGCUUUUGGCCCGCGUGUGUGCGCGCGUAGGAGUUCGUGCUUUGAGUUACCGUUGCGGGGACCCGCGGUGAGUGUUCCGCUCGAGCCUCUCUGUGCACACGGUACCCGCAUGGGAUACGCGG